UAUCACAAAUUUCUGUAGUACAAUUGAUUGACCUAAAUUAAAUUGCUUAUAAAAAUAAUUAUUGCUUUGAGUUUGCCACGUUAAAGCAAUUGAAUAGUAUGAUACUUAUAACAUAGAAAUUAUAGAGUCAAAAUUAUUCGAGACCAAAUACUUCACCGUGCGUUCUAUGGUUUUGUUCAUUCUUCAUUAUAUUUAUUUAGUUUCAAUGCCGUUGUUUCUUUUAUUUUUGUUAAUUUUGUAUCAAUGAUGUAGUCUUUAGGUAUACAUAUUAUAGAAUCUCAUACGAGUAUAAUCAAUCUAAAAACCUACGGAACCAUCCGUUUUCAAAAUAAAACACUUUUCUAAUAUAACUGAUUAUCCAAUGAUGUCAUCAUCAAGUAACCAAAUCUUCCCUUUUACGAACUUUUAUACUUUACCAACAAUUACUAUACCAAGAAACGCCACAACCUUGUGUGAUGAGGUCACGUACCAAUGAGCCCACCGCAUAGUACAAAAUUCACUGUUUCGUCAGCAAUAAUGGCAACAAUUGAAGGUCCACGUCAUAAAUGACACAUUAACCACGAAUUGCCCCAAUAUACAAAGUCCCAGUUGGAUUAUUCAGAAACUGUCAAUAUUGAACAGGAUACAAUGGACGUAAGUCGCAAUGACGAAGAUAAUGGUAAAAGAUACGAGGUAUCUUUUCUUACGUGGAUGAUCGCACUGGCAUCCUGUCGGACCUCGAAUUACCCAUUUCUAUACGCGAUCACAUCCUGUACACGCAUGCACAUCAAACACCUGCGAUUGUCAACGGGCAGCGUUUACGCCUACAUUUACUUUACCGGUCGUGUUAUCGUAGACGUAACUACGAACACCUUACCCUUUUGUAAACGAUGACGCCCGGUACUUUAUAAGUAACCGGUCGAUUUUCACUGUCAGUCUUCCGUCAAGAUUACCCCUGAAAGACGCAUCAUGAAAACGCGAGUGUGCUUUCGUUACCCGGUGAUGUGUUACCUAGUGUGCGUUACGUGUACGACAAUUAUUGUUGCUGCGACAGCAGUAAACACUGUCACGAUCUUCGACAAUAUGGAUACGAGAGAUAAUCUCAAACUCCUGAGACGAAACGUAAUGUCGGGUGAAAAAAUGCGUCGUCCAAGUUUAGAAAUUCAAACGGAAGUGCCGUAUUGGAAUACACCGCUAGGAAGUCGGACUGGAAGUUUUUUCGAACAAUCGAAAGAAUCCAACCCCGAUGGAACCGUAAUUUUCUCUUCGGACGAGUGUGCUAGGUACUGCAUCGGAAAGGGAAGCAACACAGAUGACGAUAACUUUCAAUACAUUAACAUCUUUUGGUCGAGUAAUGGCAUUGACACAGCGGAUAAUCCGGUUCCGAAAGGUCACCUGCAAUUAACCAUGCCAGAAGUAAGAUCGACCGACGAACAAAAUUCAAACAACGUUCCCAGAAAAUGUCAGAUUUACCUUGACCUGGAUUGCGAAACAGCUGAAGCAGGAACUCGCACGAAUUACACAGAAAAAGAAUUGUAUGCGAAUAUACAGAUUAACAAACAAAACGGUGACGACUUUGAGAGAGUUAACACACUUGGAAUCCAAACACAUAUAACAAUCACGGAAAAGUUCAACGUGAGCGAACGCAUGGAGAUAAAAUUCUCAGUCGACAGGAGGAUUAAUCGAAUUAUCAUAAAUGUCGACGGAAAUAUUUCGAGCGCAGCUCUUCGAAUACCUACGAAUGCAACAACGCCGUGGCUCGGAACAAUGAUUUCUUGGACACGUAAAGGUGACACGGAAGGGAUGAAAAUCGACACGCGCAACGCGCCACCUGGCGAGUGGUGGAUGAAGUUCAUGGGGGAGAAAAAUUCGAAAUACCACUUCGCCGUCGUGGGCUUCGUCGAAGAAGCAGAAGAUGAGACGAGAGAUAAACUAUUCUUUCCGGCACCUCGAUUAAAUGACUUCGACGGAGCAUCAGAUACGACAUACCGUUCAGCCAUUGUAACAAAAGACGACAUAAAAUUAAGUAAAGAUAAAACGAUCGAUGAUUUUAAAAAGGCAAGCGAGUCAAAGGCAGUCGCAGCUGAACAACAAAAUUCAAACGCAACCAACAACUUUGACCUAGGCAGUGACAAAAAAAUUACUCGACAGCAUGAAUCGUUCGCACAAGAACUAAAUAAUCGAACGUCAGCGGAAAAUUCCAAUGAGAAUGAUUCCUCGGUAUCCACCAGCACUGAAAAUAUACUCGCUAACUACGUUGAGUACGCUGCUUUUAUGGGUGGUGGGAAUGUAACUACUUCCAAUUAUCCCAGCGAUGAUAAACAAUCUUCCGGCGGAAUGAUAUCAACGGAGGAUAAACAAGAGAUUCAUGCAAGAUCCUCGGUGGAACAGAUUGAAAGCAUCGAUAUCAAAACACCAGUAAUGAACAAUGCUCGUACGUCCAUGAAUAUGAUAGAGGCUUUAGACAAUCGAGAACUAUCCGAAGAGUUGGUAAAUUACAGAAACGAGAAUAGUAUCGACGAGAAAAGAAUGCUCAUAGAAGUCAACAGAAAUUCGAAUUUGCUUGUCACGCCUGGAACAAUACACAGAGUAGUUUUCGAUGUAAUGAAUAACUGCGUUUUGCCCGUCAGAUAUGGAUUCAGAGUGAGGAGUACGCCUUUUAGGGUGUACAACCUCCAACCAACAUAUGCGUGGAUAUACCCUGGACAAAUGAGUAACGUAGCAGUGGACUUGAUUAUACCCGAUAAUGCUGCACCGGACACGGCUAAUACAGUUACAUUAUCCAUACAGGGUACAGAAAUAAAGGAUAAAUCUGUAUACUUGUAUGUGCAAGGCUCACUCUCAAAGUUAACCGAUGAUGUGAAACCAAAAAUGGAAUAUUCUUUCAAUAACAACUGUGCCGGAAAAUUGGAAAAAGGACGAUGCUACAAAUCUCGUUGGAGUAUGGACAUUACAAUUCAGGAUUAUGAUUCAGGUUUACAACGUGUCAUUUCAUCACCCAAUGAAAUAUAUCCACAAUCAGAAUUUAUUAGUGGUACAAGAAGUCCUAUAAAAUUUUAUUAUUCAGCUACAUGUUGCGAUGUGACAGUUAAAAUUACAGCGAGAGACUUAUUGGACAAUUAUAAUACUCAAACCAUAGAUGUUACAGUAUGGAACAACUUGUCGGAAGCAGAGAUAGCUUCUAUUACAGUAGGAGUAUUGCUUGCCCUAUUUAUCAUCAUUUUGAUUAUUAUCUCAAUCAUAUAUUGCAUUCGAAGAAGGAAAAGUCUCAAUUUGCCUUAUACACAAAGAUAUGGAUCUAGACCUCCUGCGCAAGCUGAAAGAACUAGUUUCUAAUCAAUAUUUGUAGUAAUAAACAAUAUAAAAACAUAAUAUGUAUUAAAAAUGCAAUGUCAUUAUAAUGUUGAUUAAUAUUAGAACUAAAUUUUAUAUAUAUGUCAUGUGUCAGGGAAUGUACAUAAAAACCUAUUAAUAAAUUUUGAUAUGUAUUAUCACUGUUCAAUUGCAUGACUUUCAAAUAUGGUUCGGAGAUAAAUUUAAUGGCGAAAGCAUAAUUUGGUUAUACAAUAUUUACAUUUAAUUGUAUUCAAUCUUAGACAAAUAUGCAUUCCAAAAUUUAGAACAUAACCUUCACUAUAAGCAUAACACCUUGAAUAAACAAUUUUAGUUAAUAUAGGACUGAAGAAUUAUAAUAUUCCAUUUGAUAACAUUGAUUACAAAUGAAACAUCACAUCAGAAGAGAUUGUAGAUUCACACUAAAUAGACACGAAUGUAGACUAUUGUUAAUGAAAACAUGACGCUAAUUAACAUAAAUAAAUUAACACUACAAACGUAACAUUUGUUUACUUCAAACGGAGUUCGUGACAGACGUUUGGUUAGGUACAAACGUUACUCAAAGUAUUGUGAGAAUUAAUGAAUAGAAUGAAGGAAAAAACAAACAUACGUAAAUCUACAGACACCAUUUACAACAUUUUGUCACGUGUCAAAGAGAUUAUGGAAAUAUGAACUUGCAAAAGCCCCGCCCAGGUGUUU